AAAGAACGUAAAGUGGAACGUGGAAACGCGGAACGUGCCUACUACGGCACCUACGCUAUAGGUACGUACAUAUGUCGUAGUUUGGUAGUACAGAUUAAGCAGAUUAAACAGGGCUGCGGCACACACCGCUUGCCGAAUUAGUCAAACGUUUGCGGACCAGCUGUCAGAUAACCUUUCUAACGGAACCGCUAUCCUGGGGUUUUAGUUGCCUCACGCUAUUCGCUAACGAUCGCCAUGCGGCUUAUGGUCCAGUGGUCCAGUACUAGUCCAAUGCUCUUAAAACAUUACGUACAUACCACAGACGUCAAGCUUUCAAAUUCCCCGUCUUAUUUCGAGACAGAGAUACAUAUAUUGAAAUUUGAGGGACAAAGACAGAAUUAAACACAAGGACGAGCGCAGCCAUGCCGACCGAAAGGGAGCUACAGAUAUCUCCUAUUGUGCCGGAGUCGGUAAUGCACAACACAAAGGCUCUAUCCAAUCUCCAGACCCUUACUGCUUCCAUCUUCGGCGCCGCAGCCGGCAUCCUCGGUCUCGAAUCAUAUAGUGGAUUCCUUUUCUACUUUAUCUUCACCAUCCUCACCACCGUCCUCUUCUACACGAUCCGCGUCGCGCCCACGUCGUUAAAGGCAGGCCACGGUCUUUUCGAUACCAGCAGAUACUUCAGAACCCAGUACGAAUUCUGGACAGGAAGCCUCUUUAACGGACUUGCGGGGUUUAUAUUGACAUGGACGCUGUUCUAUGGUCUAGUGAGGGCCUGAGAGGGCUUCCCAUACACGUUUAGAAAGGUUUCGAGGCGUUUGGCAGUAGGGUAAAUGUACGCCUAGGAAUAUAUGGCCGAUUAGCCUAGGUCACAGGGGCAUGAGUAGAACACCCUUAAGCAAUAUCGAAUACCAUUAUGAAGUUUCAACAU